AUGCGGUCGCCGGAGCUGACGCCGGAGAUGCGCCGCGACCUGCAGGUGAUCCGCAUGCGUGCGUACCUCGACCCGAAGCUGCACUACGGCCGGGAGAGCCGCAAGCUGCCGAAGCACUUCCAGAUGGGCACGGUCAUCGGCGGAGCCACGGGCUACUACCGGCGCCUGACCCGGCGUCAGCGGGCCACCAGCCUGGUGGACAGUGUCCUGGGCGACACCCGGACCGCCAGCUAUCUGAGGUCGCGCUUCACCCAGGCCCAGCAGCACAAGUCCCAGCAAGCGCGCAGCGCCAAGCACCAGCUGACCAACGCCGGGAAACGCCAGCAGCACAAGCGCUUCAAGCAGGGAAAGCAGUGA